AUGUCCUUGAAGGAAGCAUUGCUGGGAGCUGGCACAACAUCCAAGACAAAAAAGAAGAAAAAGGGGACGCCCCUUGAGAUCGAAGUGCUGUCACCCGAUCACCUGCACUUCCAGGCCAUCGACCACCAUAUUCCCCCAGUUCCCAGACUGUCCUAUGGCCUGGAUCGCGUCUUAUUCAAUCCCGGCGUUUACCGGCUUCAGGACCCGCGGUCACGCGUCUACAACUUCGAUCCCUACCUUGAGAGGAUCAUGCCGGUAGCCGAGUUCGAUUUUGAUGCUCUCAGCGAAUACAAGACCUCUUCCAAGGAUCCUGACCUGCUGGCCCUUACGCGGAAGCUAAACACAAAGUUCACUGGCUCAACCUCUAGCAUGUCGGGCGUGUUGCAGCAUUUCCAUUUCCUCCUCUCCAGCUUUCGGCCGUUGAAUCACACCAUGCUUUCGCGCAAAUUUCCCGAGCCAAGUCCCAAAUUCUCCAAGAUUACCACGGGCCCGACGGCCAUUUUCCUGCGGUGGAAGGACGGCAUUUACGCAAUCGAUGCCGACAAGUCGUACGACUCGCCCAACAUCAUGAGCUGGUUGGGCCACUCCCUGGAAAAGUUGCUGACUACUUCCCGUGAAGAGUUUGAGCGGUUCCGUCGCUCUAGUCCAGAAGAAGCACCGGCAGAGGACGAGUCGGGUAGAUGCUUCCAUUACUCCAAGCUCGGCAACUUUCUCAUGCGAUCCCAGUUGGAUGCUCACGACAGCCGCCUCCCUGGAACCGGAAUCUUCGAUCUGAAAACGCGUGCGGUCGUGUCCAUUCGCAUGGAUCACACCGAGUACGAGACUGGAUCCGGGUACCAGCUUCGCUAUGCACAGGGAGAGUGGGAAUCAUUUGAGCGUGAAUUUUAUGACAUGACUAGGGCGACAAUGCUGAAGUACUCAUUGCAAGUACGCAUGGGACGCAUGGACGGCAUCUUCGUGGCAUAUCAUAAUAUCGAACGCAUGUUUGGCUUCCAAUACCUGAGCCUUCCGGACAUGGACAACGUGUUGCACGGCCAAACGGACACUUGCCUGGGAGACCAGGAGUUUAAGCUCAGCGUUGCUCUAUUGGAUGAGAUGUUGCAGAAGGCUACGUCGCAAUUCCCAGACACAACGCUUCGCUUGCACUUCCAAACACAAGAAGCACGCCCGCGCAAUCCUCCCUACUUGUACAUAUUUGCGGAGCCGUUAUCAGACGAACAGGCCGAUCAGAUCCAAAACGCCAAGAACGAAGUAUAUCGGGAAUUUGAGCGAACUGUGAUCGGUGUGAACCGGAAUGACCCGGAUGUGCAGGCCGAGUGGCAGGAAAUCCAGGACCGUGUCGAUGAGGAGGUCAUUGAUGAUGAGAGGCAAGGUGAGACGGAAGCGGCAGACGUGCAGGAGGGGCUUGAGCAGGAACAAUCCGCCCCCACCGAGAGCAGUACCAUGUCUGCCCACAAAGGUUCUGAUGACGUGGACGGGAAAGAUGAGGAAAGCCACGAGGGGUCGGCUCAGGAGACGUCAGAAGUGGGUGGGGAUCAGGAGGGGCCUACGAAAGAUGCUCCCGCUGCGGCAGUACCUCGAGGUCCCUUGAUGGGUUGGACCCUGACGACACGAAACCGUGUCAAUGGCCACUACGUGGAGCGCCCCGAGGAUCUCACUCCUACUGACGACUGGGAAGUCGAAUAUCAUAUCCAGGAAAUUCCCGAGGCGUCAAGAUGGAAGCUUUACGACACCAUGCAAAAGAGAAGAGAGGCGUUGUUAGGCCAGGACAGGGAGACGCAGUCGAAAGCGUUGUCGCGAUAUCGAGGCAUCAUCAAGAAGUACAGCAUCGCUGGACGGGAGUGGAGGGAGGAGCAGGACAGGAUCGAUGCAGAAAUGGGCCGGCGGAUUUUCCGUCCCCUCGGUCCUGGCGCUCACGACAUUUUACGCUACGAGGCUGGACUCAAGGAGAUAGAGGACGGUGUCAAGAGUGUUAGUGAGAUUGUCAGUUGA